AUGGAAGCAUCCGAAGCCUUGACGUCAAAGCCGGACUCGCGGCCUGUCGUGAAGAGAUGGUAUCAUUGGUAUGAUGCCGGUGCGAGCAAGGAAGAGCGAAAGCUUUUGAAGAAGCUUGACUUUUUUAUCCUGCUUUAUACUUGCCUGACAUUUUUCAUCAAAUAUUUGGAUCAAACCAAUGUGACAAAUGCCUAUCUUACUGGCAUGGAAAAAGAUCUCGGCUUGGGAAAGACCAAUGCGCUGAACUGGUUCACCACGUACUUUAGCAUCGGAGUCAUCAUCGGAGCACCCAUUUCGACAUGUAUGCUCACCAUAGUACAGCCGAGGUAUUGGCUGCCAUUCUGCACUAUGGGGUGGUCCUUCUUUGUGCUUUUCAUGUACAAGGCGCAGAACGUUAGUACUCUCUAUGGAUUAAGAUUCUGCUGUGGCUUCUUUGAAGCUGGUGCCUAUCCUGGCUGCUUGUACCUGAUUGGAAGCUGGUAUACCUCCACCGAGAUCAGCCGUCGAACUGGAAUUUUCUUGUUUUCUUCGGCUCUUGGAUCCAUGUGCUCAGGCUAUAUCCAAGCUGGCUUGCACAACAACAUGGAUGGUGUCAUGGGCCUUGCAUCGUGGCGGUGGUUGUUCAUCUUUGACUUCAUUCUGGGCAUUCCCGUUGCCAUUUUUGGCUUCUUCUUCUGCCCCGAUGAACCCAAGGGCAAGAAAAUCUGGUGGAUGUCGGAUGCUGAAAAAGAGCUCUCCAUACUAAGGAUGAAGAGAGACGGACGAGAUGCAACAGGUGCUUGGUCAUGGGAUGUUGUCCGCCAAAUUCUGCGGUCUUGGCAAUUUUAUUCUUUUGUCAUUGGCUGGGGAUUCGUGGAGCUCACCUGCGGCAACAACCUCUCCCGAUGGAUGGGCCUGUGGCUCAAAAAGUUGGGUUACAAAUCUUCCAAGUUCAACACUCUGCCUACUGUGGUUUACGUGGUGCAACUCGGCUACAUCUUCAUCAGCUCCGUUGCCGCUGACUCGCUCAACAACAGAUCGAUACCGAUGCUCUUUCUUUGUGGAACUCUGCUGUUCGGAUACAUCAUUCUUCUCACAGGAACCAACAAUUUCAGCCUGCGCAUGGCCGCGUACUACAUUGCCGGAGGAUACGGCGGUCUCUCUCCACUUCUCGGCGGCUGGAUCAAUUGCAGUUGCGGCGGCAACAAGCAACUGCGUUCAUUUACCACCGCGAUGAUGAUUUCAGUUGGCUAUGCCAUUGAAGCGCCCGCCCAACAAGUUUGGUUCCCGACCAAAGAGGCGCCCAACUUUACUCGCUCGCACGGUUAUGCAUAUGGCAUCGCCAUGGUCGUGGCGACGGCGGUGUGGUGCUCUGCUGUGAUUCCACUGAUGUCACGAUACUGGUUCUUCAAAGACGAAAAGCCGUGUCUUGACUGCGACUGCGAGGACCCAAUUGUCGAGAGCGCCACUUACAGAGCCAACAACAAGGCGACAGACGGCUCUGACUAG